UCGCUGGGCGCCGCCGGGGUCAUUCGGACCCCCUUUGCGUCUCCCGCGUGCCGAACCCCUUCUCCGCUCCCGCCGCGCUCCCGGCUCUCACCCGCAGGCCCCCACUCCCUGCGGUAUUUCGAAACCUCCGUGUCCCGGCCCGGCCUCGGGGAGCCCCGCUUCAUCACCGUCGGCUACGUGGACGCCGCGCAGUUCGUGCGCUUCAACAGCGACGCCGCGAACCCCAGGAUGGAGCCGCGGGCGCCGUGGGUGGAGCGGGAGCCGCCCGAGUACUGGGAGCGGGAGACGCGGAUCAACAAGGACAGCACACAGAUUUACCAAGUGUGGCUGCAGACACUGCUCGGCUACUACAACCAGAGCGGGACGGUGAGCGACGCCGCCGGGUCGGAGGUCACGACCCCACCCCGCCUCCCGCUGACCAGCCCGAGCCCCCGGGGUCUCAGGACUGAGGUUCAGCCCAGGCUGCGGGCGCUGCGGGGGGACCGGCACCCCGGGAGUGACAAGAGAGAAGGCUAUGAUAAGGCUGCAA